GCGGGACCCUGGUCAGCCCCGUCCUGUCCGUCUUGUCUCACCCUUUUCGUUUUUCCAUGGCAACAGAAGCACCGAUUAUCCAUCUCCAGCCAACUUCCAACUUUCAAUCCCAUCCAGCCCAUCUUCAGCCCACUCGUUUGGCCGAGCAACGAAGCCAAACCCUGGCCAUGACAUAGGGCAAUAGCACGCUACAUUCACACUUUAACUGUCAUUCGUUCCAGAUACACAAUUACAUACUUCCGUUAAUUAAUGAGUACUAUUUCCGCCCUUGGCUUUAACUCGCAUUACUUUCGUUUUCCUCUUUUAGGAUCGAUCAUCUCGAAUCUCUUGAUCAUCCACCUGGGCUCGGUCAGCUCUGACCAGUCUUCGACGACGUAUCCCUCCGUAGAAUAACUACCGUUACCGUAUAUCUCAUCGACUUCAUUCGCUAUAAUCUAUCGUAUCCCCGCUCCCGUCGAGGCACCCGUCCGUCUACUUCGUAGUCAUUACGACGACCCGACAGCCCAAAAUCCCAUAGUCGCCCGUCGUCGUUGACAAGAUGGGCGGCUUCGGCGAUUUCACGGACAUCUGCCACACGGCGCCUCUGCCGUUGUGCCCUUCCGUCGGUCCCAUCACUUCCGUCUCUAGCGGCGUCGGAAUCGAGACCGACUGCUUCGCGCGAAAUAUCGAGUUGGCGAACACGAUCAUAUUCCAAGGCGCGUCCAGCUUCAUGCACAUCAUCGCUCUGGGCAUGACCGUGGUGAUGAUAUUACAUAUCCGAGGGAAAUUCACCGCCGUUGGUCGCAAGGAGAUCUUAGCGUUCUUCUAUUUCUACAUGUUGCUAUCGUUCUUCUCACUCUUAGUCGACGCUGGUGUUGUCCCUCCCGGCUCGGAUCCGUAUCCUUACUUCGUCUCGAUACAGUCCGGCCUCACGUCUGCGUUGGUUACUUGCUUGUUAAUCAAUGGAUUUGUCGGCUUUCAACUUUACGAAGAUGGCACUCCCCUGUCCGUAUGGAUGCUCCGGGUCAGCUCUUUCGCUGCCUUUGUUAUCUCGUUCCUGGUAUCGCUAGCUACGUUUAAAUCAUGGGCUGGGAUGGGCCCGGCGAACACCGUAGGACUAUUUACGGUGCUAUACCUUCUCAACGGCGUACAACUUCUUAUAUAUGUGGCCUUGCAGAUUCUGCUUGUCGUUCGGACCUUGGAGGACCGUUGGCCGUUGGGGGAUAUUGCUUUCGGCCUCUUCUUCUUUAUCGUGGGCCAGGUCAUUUUGUAUGCGUUCAGCUCCACGAUUUGCAAUGCCACGAGCCACUAUGUGGAUGGCUUGUUCUUCACGACAACUUGCAACCUGCUCGCUGCUAUGAUGGUUUAUAAGUAUUGGGAUUCGAUCACAAAGGAAGACCUCGAGUUUUCUGUCGGCACACGGAUGAACAACUGGGAAGUGAAAGAGCUUCUACCCGAAGAGGACCGCCGCACAACUGUUUAUAUGGACGACUCCUACGGCCAUGCCAGCCCUUACGACCACUCUUCCUCUCCUUCAGGAAACCGAAUGUCCCGCUACUAGUUGCCUGGAAUCGAGGAAUCCUCGGAGAGUGAGAAGGAAGAGAGCGAGAAGGGAGAGAUCGUCUAUUACGAAAUGGUCUGAAAAGAUGGCGAGCAGGUUGCAUUUGUUAGGCGUCUCGGCUUCAUAGGAGAACUCAUGUGGGUUUUAUUGGACAAAUAUAUUAACCUAUUCAGGUAUUCAAUAUCAGGGUAUGGGCACCGACAGCGAUUGCUUUUUGGGAGGUUACACGACCGAAGGAAGAAAGUCAAUAGGUUUAAGAGCAGCGGUGAUGGAAGUUAACUAAUAUCUACGUUGUAUAUACUACACAGUUUACACGAAUAUAUGAAUAGAUUACAAUAGGGAUCUAU